AUGCUUCUCUUAGAUUAUCAGAACGUUUUGAUCCAGUCCCUUCUGACGGAGCGGUUCUCUGACGCACCCCCCGUUUCCAUUGACCAAGUGGUCUCCGACUUUGAUGGAGUGACAUUCCACCUCAGCACGCCCGAGUCCAAGACAAAGAUCCUCAUCUCGAUCCACGUGAAAUGCUUCAAGGAGCUGGUUCAAUACGGAGCCCAGGAGGUUCUGGCCAGAGAAUAUGGUCCCUACAUCGUUUCCCCCGAGCCGGGUUAUGAUUUCUCAGUACAAAUCGAUCUUGAGAACCUCCCCGCGGAGGAGGAAGCUCGGAAUGACCUGAUCAUGAAGCUUGCCCUCCUGAAGCGGAACGCAAUGGCUGCUCCGUUCGAGAGAGCCUUCGACGAAUUCAAUAAGCUUGCCGAGGAGGCUUCCCAAUACACAUCAGAGUCAGCACCAGCGGGUAUUCAGGAGGGUGGUGAGGUCAUGGCGAUCCACUACCGCGAGGAGGAGGCCAUCUACAUCAAGGCCAACUUCGACCGAGUUACUGUAAUCUUCAGCACUGUGUUCCGGGAAGAGACGGACCGAAUCUUCGGAAAGGUGUUCCUUCAGGAAUUCGUCGAUGCCCGGCGACGUGUCGUGACGCUACAGAACGCCCCUCAGGUUCUCUUCCGCAAUGACCCCCCUCUGGAGCUGGCCGGUGUACCUGGUAUUAAGGGCGCCGGCGAAGGCGAAGUCAGCUAUGUUACCUUUGUCUUGUUCCCUCGUCACUUGACCCCCCAGCGUCGCUAUGAGAACAUCUCCCACAUCCAGACUUUCCGUGAUUACUUCCACUAUCACAUCAAAGCCUCCAAGGCCUACAUCCACACCCGUAUGAGGAAGCGGACAGCAGACUUCCUGCAAGUUCUUAACCGAGCCAGACCUGAGAAUGAGGACCGGGAACGUAAGACGGCCAGUGGUCGUACUUUCCGAGUGCAGGCUUAG